CUCCAUGUAGAAUAAAACAAAUUUUUCUUUAACAAAAUUGUCAUCUGCCUUCAUCUCAUGCGAAUAUAUAGUAGACUAUAAAAAGUACUGUUCGUUUCCUUAUGUGUACAACUUUUUUUUUUUUCGUUAAACAUUGGUGAGUACCACUUUAAUUCUGCAGCCACUUCACCUCGGUGUGUGCGGAGCGAAGAGGAGAAUGAGAAAACUGUUUCCAUCACAUCAGAGACACGCAUCAGCUCCGCCAGCAGAGUCGUGUGAGCUCAUUUCUUCCCAUCAGCUGGAGAUGAAGCAGAAGCACACUGAACCCAGUCCGUCCUCUGACUGCACCUGACGCGCGCGCACCUGCUGCUCCACACAUAUCGUCGAGGGCAGUUGGCUAAAUGAUGGAUUUCAUUACCUUACUCAUUUUGGCUGAAGAUGAAGAUGCCUUGAGCUUUAGUUAUCGACUCUGGGAUGUCUGAAGCAGCCUUUGGAUUCCAACCACCACAUAUCAAAACGUCACAAAUAUCCCCUGAACCUUUACGGGAAACAAAAGGAAUAUGAAUUUCACUGCUGGCUUGCUGAAAAAAGAGCUUCUGCUCUCAAACGCCUUGCUGUCCUUGAAUGCCUCUUUCCACGGUUCCAAGGACUUUGCGAAUGAUGUUUUCCUCCACCAGAGUGGAGAGCUGGAGAGACUGCUGCUGCUGACAAUCAAAGAGCCCACCACUAUCGCUCUUACCGUCAUGUAUUCAUUAUCAUUUGUGGUGGGUUUCAUUGGAAAUCUCAUGGCUAUUCGAAUGCUCACCUGCCAGAAGACUAAGAGGAUGCAGAGCAUCAGUGCCACCCGGAGUUUACUCAUUAACUUGGCGGUGUGUGAUCUGAUGGUGGUUUGCAUUUGUAUGCCCAUCACGCUCGGCCACACCAUUUACACCGCAUGGGUGUAUGGAGACCUCCUGUGCCGGGCUGUUCCCUUCAUCCAGGCCGUGUCCGUGUCGGCAAGUGUCCUCAGCCUGACCGUCAUCAGCGUCAACAGAUACUACAGCGUUCACAGCCCACUCAAUUCCCUCUCGUACUUCACCCAGAAGAAGAUCUAUAUCACCAUUGUGUGCGUUUGGAUCCUGUCCUCGGCCAUUUGUGCACCUUUACUCUUCAUGAUCAAGCUGGACGAGAUCCACUUAAUCGACAUCACCGUGCCGAUCUGCAGAGAGCUUUGGCCACAAGCGAGACUUAAGCAGGUCUACAAUGUGCUCCUUUUUGUUGCUCUCUACUGUAUGCCUGUGACCUUCAACUUAAUCAUCAGCUGUCUGACAGGCAGGAAGCUCUGGAGGGCUUCUCAACAUUUCACCGACUUCGAUCCACACAGCCAGGCCGUGCACGCUUCACGUCUGAAGAUGCGCAAGAAGAUCGCUAAGGUGGUGGUCACUUUGGUUCUCUUAUUUGCUGUCUCUUGGCUUCCGAUUUACGUUGCAGACAUCCUGAUUGACCGCGAGGUUCAUCCACCUCCCUGGGUUCUGCAGACUCGGCCUUUCACGCAGUGGCUGGGUCUCACUAACUCCAGCCUCAAUCCCAUCUGCUAUUGUUUCCUGGGUGAUUUGUACCGCUCUGCCAGAGCAGUCAGGUCCAGGUAUCAUCAGAGAAUGCUUUCCGUCCUUCGAUCCUCCAGCUCUUUUAAACUGUCCAGUUUGCUUUCUCUCAAAAAGCCGAAAUCUGGCCGGCGACAAGGUGCCGUGAGCCAGGCGUCGGUGGAGACUCUUUCUGAUUGGUGUUCCAACAACAGCCAAAUGGUGUCUCUCCAAAGCCUCUCAGAGAAAAUAGUGUCUACAAGCAAUCCUGAGUUAUCGAACUUGUAGUCGGGGUGAAUAUUACUGAAAAGUACGCAAGGCACUUAUAGGGAUAGUUCACCCAAAAACAUCUUUUGUGUUCCAUAGAAGAAAGGAAAUGACAUGAGAUUUGAGAUAGUGUUGAUCAUUUGCCUUGUAGUACAGUCAAAAAGCAUGUGAUUCUGAUGUUUUGAUGCAACAUAAGCAUUGUUUGUUUUUCGUAACUAACCAUCCACAGUUACAAUGCAUAGACAUCACUGACACAGAUUGUACAUAAAUGCCCAAUUAAGGCCUGUUCACACCAAGACAAAUGUUUGCAUGUGAAAAUUCAGUGCUAUAAAUAUUUUAACAGCUGUUCAGACCAAUGCGAACAUUUGCAUGCCAUCAUGCAAUGGAGUUUUUUACGGGGAGAUGUUCUAAUCUAUUUUCUGUUGGACAGCAAAGAAAACCAACCAACCGAGAUUCACACUUUUGGUCACAUGCCCAGAGCCGCUGCUGUUAUAUGAAACUACUACUCUCAUCUCUGUACUCUUGAAUUUGGUGUUUCAUAAACACCAUAGCGAAUAUAUGUCUUGUGUCAGAAAUGUAAAGUUGUGCAGCACUGCUUUAUGUAAUGAAGAAACCAAGGUAUUUAAAUUUUUUUCUAUAAGCACCAUCUACUGUUAGUUAAUUUGCCUCCCUGCUGUUUUUUACUCAUUGGUCUAAACAGACAAAUCACAAAUUUUCUUAGAGAACAUUUGUGUUAGUAUGGACAGGCCUUUACUUGCCACCAAAAAGCAGGAGAGAUGUAUUCAAAUCGGGGGUUUUCAAACUGGGGGCCCCCACAAAGGCUCCGUAGAAAAAAGGAUUUUACAAAAUAUAUCAUUUCAAAGUUAACUUAACAUACUAAUUAAACAUGUUUAACACAAUAAUCUUAAAUACAUUUACUGAAUUGGUAGUAAGAUUGUAAUAUUGGUAGUAAUUAAAAGUAAAAACUAAUUUGCAUUUUGUGAAAAUAUAUAUUUAUUACUAAGUAGCCAUCUCUUUCCUUAUGAUCUGCAUAAGUUAAAUACUAGUUUAUAUUUGUAUCUUUCUAAAGAGUUUCUCUUUGCCACCAUUACCUUUAACUUAAAUUUUGCUGUUAAGGCAAAAUUAGGUAAUGUUUAAAGCUGCUAUGAAACAUGAAAAGCACUACUGUAAUUGAAAAUAAAAAUAAAAGGUUUCAGAUUAUGCAUCUAACUGUAGAUAAUACUGGUUAGAAAAGAAAUGUGAAGUGAAUAUCUUCUAGAUAUUUAAUCGUUUGCUUUGGCUUAAGUGCAAUGACAAUACAAAAGUCAGUUAUUUCAUAUUUUAUUUAUUAUUCUAUUAUCUGUUAUUUCAUACAUGUAAUAUUUUUCUCAUUCAGUGUAAAUAUGUCAAAUUAUGAAUACAUGCCAUUAUGUUUUAGGAAAGGGGUUCCUUACAAUCAUUAUAUUGGGGUCCUUGACUUAAAAGGUUUGAAAUCCCCUGUUUUAAAUUAUGGUGGAUGCAAAAAAAAAAAAAAAAAAAUCACUAAUUGUAAUGUGUUUUAAAUAAAUUUUCCAUACUAUCUCUAUAAACAUAUACAUGUGUGCAUUCGCAUUCAUAAAAAAAAAUCCUACUUGUUCAAGAUUUUCAAGAGUGCAUGAAUUAAAUGAAGUUCAGACAGAAUGUACAGGUUCUAAAUGCCUUGUGAAGAUUCAAAGCAAUUCUAUUUAAUUAAAUGUACUGUGCUUGAUUGUGAAUAAUCAUCUGUACUUGCCUUCUUCAAUAGAAACCAAUGUAAAUAGAAUCAGAUCUUUUGAUGGAAAUAGAUCAACACUCCGAAGAAUAUAAGAAUAUAAUUUACCACAAGAAAUACAAACACAAUCAUCGCCUCUUCAUUUUGUGACUUUCUGAGAUGACAAAAGUUUGCAAAACAGAAUCGAUUUAAAAUAUGUUUUUAAAAAAAAUCUGUCAUAUUUUGUUCAUUCUGAGGAAAUCUGAAUGACAGUGGGAAUGCUAAAAUACAGUAACAAAACAGUUUACAUGAAAUAUUCAUAGUCAUAAAUCCUCAUCUCUGCAAGAGCUUCAUCUAUGUCUACCACAGAAAUGUGAUCACCACUAGCAUUGCCCUUCAUAUUCAUGCUAAUUCUGAUUAUCAAC